GCCUUGCGUGUCGCAUGCAGUUCAUGCUACAAAAUCCUUGCCGGCUGGUUUCUAUUCAAAGUUGGCUCAGGCUGAGGGCCCACAUCUUCCAGGGCCGAGCAGGCCAAAGGCGCUCCAGGCUCUGCCAUCAGAGCCUGGCACGGUGCGCAUGCGACCGCCAGACCUUCUGCAGCACCUUGACCAAUCGGCUAGGGCAGCUCAUGCAAGUUCACAGACACCUGCCCACACAGGGCCGCAACCAAAUGCCACGUCAAGUGUCCAACUUAAAGGGCAGCACAGCUCCAGCCAUCACCUUUCCCACGUGGCGGAAGCAAAGGCAGGGCAGCCUUUACGCUUGCAGAGGUGUGGCUCACAAAGCAGUUCACCUCCACAGACUCCAUGCCAGCCGAGCCUGCAUAGCCCACAUUCACAGGCUCACCAGGCUGCAAAGCACAGCCAACCACCAGCACAGCCACAACUUCCAGUGGAGGCGCGCGGCCUCCAUGGUGAACAUGCUCCGGCAGAGCAGGAGUCUCCGCAGGGUUCACCAAAGGCUUCACCAAAGGCAUCUCAGCCACGAUUGCCUCCACACCCUGAGCUAACCGAGCGAGACCACGAUCUCUUGCAGCAGCUGCACGACCGCCAUGCCAAAGCCCAGUCAAAGGCUAGUCGAUCCAAGUCUCCGCACAGAGGCGAUCGUGGGAGCUUGUCACCAAAGGCGCACGGGCUUCCUUCGUCUCCCUCGGAAGCAGAACUCCAUGAUCCUACAGCUGCCGCCGUGGCUGCAGCGGUGGAGGAUCAUGGGGGGCCAAGAUCAGAGUGGCCAGAGUUGGAGCCGGAUGCUUUGCAGAACGAGGUUGCUGCCCGCGAGGUGGAGCUGCGGGUGCUGCGUCAAGAGCUCGAGGCUCGAAGCCAGGAGGUUCUACGAUUGGAGAACAAGAUCCGCGAUACUGAGGACCAGCUGAGGGAAGCUACAGGCCAUGUGGGCACACUCUCGGCCAAGGUGGAGUCGGCUGCUGGCAGCAAGCAGGCCGUUUUGCAGGCUUCUGCCAAGCACAUCGACUCACAGGUAGCCAUGCUGAAGAAGCGUUUAGCCUCAGCAGAGUGGGAGCUCGCAGAGAAGGAUGACGAACUGUCGGGCCUGCAAGAGGCCAUACACCAUGGAACCCAGCAGGUUGCGGCAAAGGCGACAGAACUGCAGGCCAUGCAACAUCAGCAGAAGCUCCAAGGCAGCAAGGUGGCCAAGUUGCAGAAGGACAGCAGCCUGCUGCAUCGUCACAUGGCCAUCGACCACUGGCGCCACAACGUAGAGGCGCUUGUUGAGCAGGAGCAGCAGGAUGCUGUAAUGAUCCGCGAGCGCCGCGAGCAUCAAAGGCAGAUCGAUGUCUUCCGAGAAGAGAUCUUGACUCUCCAGAGCUACCUGAGCCGCAUGGACGAGAAAUCCAAGUACCACGCUGAGGAGAUUGAGCGACGAAAAGAGCUCCUGAAAGCACUGGUGAUGGAGGAGAGGCUUUGCGUCGCUGCAGCCCGGCUGGGACACGAGACGGCGGAUGAGCUGAAGCGCGGCCAGAUGGAAGAGCAGCGCAUCCUGGAGGCCAGGCUCCAGGAGGAGAUGGGGCGCAGGUCCUCGCUGUCAGCGCAGGCAAAGACUUACGAGGAGGUGGAGGCCAAUGCACGACAGUGGCAAGAGCAACUGGCCGCACUCACUGCCUGUGUGAGGGAUGCGGCCAAAGCCAUGCGAGACCAUGGGCCACAUGUCGCCAAGACGGCUGUGGAUGAUGCAGUUGAGAGCUUCAUUCAGAAAAUGAGGCACCAAGGUGAGCUGGUUCCACCCAUCGUCCGUGUGAGUUCCUCCGCCCACCAUGUGGCUGAACACACGGUCUCCCUUGAGCUGACGCAUGCGGCUCUGGUGCACGGCUUGCCGCCAGCAUGGAUGCGGACCGACCGGCUGCAGCACACCCAACACACUCAGCACAUGCAGCACAUCCAGCACAUCCAGUGCAUCCAACACAUUCAGCUCACACAGCGCGUGCAGCUCAUUCAGAUCACCCAUGCCAUGCAGCACAUGUGCCACGAGCGCAGCCAGCGAGCUCACACCAAGCGGCAACUGCUCACCAGGCACACCAGGCGCAUUCAACCCCGACAAGCUACCCGCAGCAAGCGCCAGGCUCGGCGCUCGCAGCUCAUCACGUGCACGCAGCUCAUUUCCAUGAUGCGCAACCUCAGCUGCUACAUCCUGCUGGCUCCGGGUGCAGCCGACGGCCUGGCUGACCAGAUCAGGUCCAUCAUCCAGGCCGAGCUGGCGGAUCGAGUGGCUGAGCUGGAUCGUCGAGAGCGCUGUUUGGUGGAACGUGAAGAGAGCCUGAAGCAGCGCGAGCAGGCGUUCGCAGCAGCUGAGACGCCAACGCCGGCCAGGGCUCUAUUUCAGGUACAUCCAGAAGCAGAAAGUGGGGACUUGAACAGUGUCUCCUCGAAGGCUCCCAAGCCAGCUGGCUACGCGCGACCAGUCAGAGGCGCAGGCACGAUUCCCCGCGCGCAAGCGAAGCUCUUUCAAGCAGCCCAGCCGGAAGAUUGUGGAGACGCCUCGGAGGAGCCCAAGGAGCGCUUGCAGCAGAAGGCUCCCGCCGUAUCCGCGCUUUUUCAGGCAGUGGAAGCGGUGGAGGCUGUAGAAGAUGUGGCGCCGAUCAGCAAAGUCCACCCAGUCUCUUCGUCGUCCACGGUGGCCCCUUCAGGCAGAAUGCCUGAGCCGCCCAGCCUCUUCGCUGAGACCCCAGCGCCACAGAGCGAGAUCUUGACCACUUCUGCUGGAACAGCUUCCGAGCUCAAGGACCGAUUUGAGCAGAAGGCUGGGCCGUCGUCCAAGACUGCCGAGCAGAGACGAGCGUCAUCUCAAGAAAGAGGCAUGCGGCAGCAUCGGCAUUCUGCGCCAGCUUUCCAGGCGCCGGCUGAAGCUGCCGCGAGGUCAUCUGCAGAGUUCUCCGAGGUUUCAGCAGGCACUGCGAAUGAACUCAAGGACAUCUUCGAGCAGAGGGCUCAGCAGGCUCGCCGAGAUUCAGAUACUCCAGAGCAGAAGGGCUCAUGGAAGCCUGUCCUGCUCUCAGAUGUUCACGUUUGGACUGGAUUCUUAAGGAGUGUCUGA